AUCCCUCAAAUUUUCAGUGCGACGAAAAGCACACGGCGCGCUGUCUCCGUAGGAAGAAGCGUCAGCGUCAGUUCCUUCUCGGAGCCUUCUCUUGCGUCGAGUUCCUCUCGCCCCUCUCCUCGGCCUUCGCCUGAUUCCAUGGCGCACGGGGGCACCAAGACGGAGAUCUCGUUGGCGGGGACGUUUGCCAGCAGCGCUUUCGCCGCGUGCUUCGCGGAGGUUUGCACUAUCCCCUUGGAUACUGCUAAAGUCAGGCUUCAGCUUCAAAAGAAUGUGACUGCAGGUAAUGUGUUGUCUGCACCCAAGUACAGGGGUAUGUUGGGUACUGUGACUACGAUUGCAAGAGAGGAAGGUUUAGUUGCCCUCUGGAAAGGCAUCGUGCCAGGAUUGCACCGUCAAUGCUUGUUUGGAGGCCUGCGAAUUGGGCUUUACGAACCAGUCAAAAGCUUCUAUGUUGGAAAGGAUUUUGUUGGCGAUGCCCCACUGUCUAAGAAAAUACUUGCUGCACUUACAACUGGUGCCUUAGCAAUCACAGUGGCUAAUCCAACAGAUCUUGUAAAAGUUCGGCUUCAAGCUGAGGGAAAGCUACCCCCAGGGGUUCCACGACGGUAUUCUGGAGCUAUGAAUGCAUAUGCAACAAUUGUCAGACAGGAAGGUUUAGGGGCAUUGUGGACUGGUCUUGGGCCAAAUAUUGCAAGAAAUGCUAUUAUUAAUGCUGCUGAGCUAGCAAGUUAUGAUCAAGUGAAACAGUCGAUUUUGAAGAUCCCAGGUUUUUCAGACAAUGUUUUCACUCAUCUGUUAUCUGGCUUAGGUGCUGGUUUUUUUGCAGUUUGCAUCGGUUCUCCAGUUGAUGUGGUGAAAUCAAGAAUGAUGGGGGACUCGACCUACAAAAGCACAUUCGAUUGUUUUGUUAAGACCUUGAAAAAUGAUGGCCCGUUAGCAUUUUACAAGGGUUUCAUCCCCAACUUUGGCCGUCUUGGCUCCUGGAAUGUGAUUAUGUUUUUGACAUUGGAGCAGGCUAAAAAGUUUUUCAGAAGGGAAGUGCCCAGUUAACCUUUUUGGUUGGCCGUACUCAGCGUCUGGCGUAUGGCUGGAGAGAACCAAUUUUGACUGUGCUUAUAUCGGUUACUCUCCAUUACCGAUUCUUCUUAUUGAUGCAGACGUUGUUCUAAAUUUUGAUUUUAAACUUCAUACACUUCCCCAGUUCUGCAAGUUCAUGUUCUUUCCUGGGUGUCCAUUUAGUUGCACAAGGUUACCGUGCUCUUGGGCAGCUAGAUGCGAUUCUUGCUCCCAAGUUGCCAUUAUGCUUCUAUGGAGGACAAGUGUAGGCUCUAAAUUUUGCAGUUGUUGGUCAAUCUACUGCGAACUUCAAAAUAAUGCGUGCACAGAAUAAGAGCAUUUAGAUGUGAAAGUAGUUUGUAUUUGAGUUUCUUUAUCUUCUCAGCAACUUUUCUGCAAUUUUUUUCUAUUAAGGUGCUGGUGUAAGAGACCAGUGCCUUAAAGGAGCUUGCUUCGAGCACUAAAAAGUUGGCUGUUGUAAUUGACAUUUUACCAUCUGAUAGAUGCUUGAUUUAGUUGGCCA